AUGGAAAAGUUCAAGGAGAAAAUCACAUCUCUUCGCGCAGAAGCAGAAAAUGCAACUGCACGUGCUGAUGAACUGGAAGCACAAAUCAAACAAAUGGAAACCGAGCACAUCUCCAAGGAUCAUGAACUCUUGUCUCUUCAAAACCGUGUCAAGCUCUUGGAAGAGCAAUUGGAAACUGCUGAGGAGCAACUCAAGGCAACCACCGAAAACUACACUGAAGCUGAUUUAAAGGCAGAGGAAGCUGAGCGUAAGGUCAUUAAGCUUGAAAAGGAGCUGGCUGAAAUGGAGGAAAAGUACGAGCAACUUGAUGAGCAAUACAAGGCCUCCAAAGCAGAAUUGGAUGAAUUGGCUCGCCAAUUCGAUGAAUUGUAA